CCUGUUUGCUUUGCUAUGUGCGAUGGAGAAGAGAAGUGAUUGACUAGCAAGUUAGCAACGUUUCUGUUAUUGUUUGCACUUUCAUAUUCCUGUUAUUCCAUGGUCCAGUUACUUAGAAAUAUUGCUUAUUAUAUUUAUAUAAGAAUGAAACUGUGAAGUGAACUAUAUUGCUUGGGUGAUAUAUGAGAUUUCUCUAAAAAUGGCUACCGUAUUCGAUAGUCCAUUUAUCAGACAACGUUUACAUCGGUUACGGCAUAGAGACUUCGAUUUAGAUGAAGAGCAGAGGUUCGGCAGAUGUGACUGCACCAGUUAUUCGUAUUUCGUGCUUUCUAUGGUCCUUUUUUCUGUGGGAACAAUUAUAACAGUCCUUGCCUUGGGAGACGCCGAUGGUUACAUUUUGAGUAACUUAGGACACAUGUGGCUAGUGGGACCAAUAUUUAUAUGUUCUGGAAUGAUGGUAGCCGUGAAGAGUAUGUUAUAUCUGAGGAGAAAAAGUGUAAUACAAAUGCUGCUCCACCAACGUGCAAUAAUUAGGGACAUGGCAGCCGUUCAAGCCGAACAAUCUUACAGCGGUCAGGUUCCUAGAACAGCAUCCAGCGCCACCCUACCUCCGUCCUACGACGCCUUAAUAUCAAGCGCUGCUCCGACUAAACCGCAACCAUCAAGCUCUGAACCUCCUCCGCCUACUUAUGAUGAAGCAAUGUGUCUCAUUGAUGAUGGAAAAAUAGCGGAACGAGAUGAUGAAGCCAAGGAGGAGGAGAGGAAUCAAACUAAUGACAGCGCCAAACCAUGAAGCAGGCUUGCAUUUGUAAUAUUUGUUACUUCUAGCAGAGACUAGUUAGUUAAUGACUGCUAAAAUUUCCAUACAUUUUACAUUACCCUUAAUUUUACAGUGUUACAGGACCCUCUUAUUGUAUUAUAAGUUCUUUUUGAUUCUUAAGAAGGUUUACAUUCACUAACUUGACUUAUUUGUGCAAAAUUAAGGGUUCAUUUCUCACUGAAUUUUCUACAUGGUGCAUCCACACUGCAGUUAAUGCGGAGCAUUACUGUAUGACAUGGUAACAUUCAGGUAACGUACCUAGUUACUUACUUUUGCACAGUGUUGCCCCACAGUAGCUCCAGAAAAGUUAACUGCAGUAUGGAUCCGCCUUUAGACUAACAUCACUUUGAAGUAUGGAAAUCAGUAAUUAUGUUUACUAUAUACAUCUCUGCAUCUAGUUGUUUAAGGUUAACUUAAUCUCCUUGUAUGUACUUAUUUACAUGCAUGUAUAUACAUUGGUUAAUUAGUAUUCUCUAUUGUGCCUAAUAUUGAAUUACCUAGUGGUACUGCUAACUUUUUAUACAGUGACGAAAAUUUAUAGAAAUAUUUAAUUUAAUUGGGAAUAAGUUUGCAUAAAUAUAGAAGUCUAUUUUGCAAGUUCAUGUGUGAUUGACUUGUACUUGAAGUGUAGUCUUGGCCAAGUACUUAAAGGCUGAUGGGCUAAACUUCUUUCUUGUAGACCUUGUAGUAUCCUUGAAGACAGAAAUUUAGCCUUCACCUUUGAGUUUGAAAUGGGUAGGAUAGUUUGGUUUGAAAUGGGUAGAAACUCCGGAAACAUAAUGUGCGCUGAGCUUUAAGGCUGGCCAGUCUUAAAUCAUAAAUUUAUAGGCUUUUAACAAUUGAAUUUCUGUAACAUGGAAUGUUAUUAACUUAUGUAUAAGUUACGUUAAAUGAACUUGUAAAAUAGGUCAUUGCCAACAAUGCCAAUGUUUACUUUAAUCUUAUCUCUAUGCCUGCAACAUACUUGGCUGUUGUUUGCAAAUAUAGUUGACAGUUUCAUUUGCGAUAUCAAAGAAAGAGAUGAAAGAUUAGGUAUUAAAUGCAAUAUUUAUAUCCCAAUGAUCAAAUGUAAGAACAUUUUCUUCCAGUGUGGGUAGGACGUUAUUUGUUAAACUUUGUCAUAGGUUCCUGAAGUUAGCAACAUGGUGUAUUCCCAUUUGUUCCUACCCCAUGGGAUGAGAAGCAUGAGGUGGGGACAAUUGAGAAAUUUACUUGUAGGUACCUGGGAUUUUUAUUACAAAGGGUAUGUUUUUUGUUCAAUUAAACUAUUUAUUAUCAUUUACAUGGGAAUAUAUCACGUUGAGACAGUUCAAAAUCAUGUGGGAAAUAUAUUCCCUCUGCCUUAUGAAGGCUUAAACAGCUUAACUGAACUAAACACAUCCAUUUGGUGAUACAGAUCUAGCUAAGGCAUGAAAAAAUACGAUUACGAUACGAUCAAAAUCAUGUGGGAAUAUAUUCCCUCUGCCUUAUGAAGGCUUAAACAGUUUAACUGAACUAAAAACAUCCAUUUGGUGAUACAGAUCUAGCUAAGGCAUGAAAAAAUACGAUUGUGCACUCCCAUUUUGUUACCAGUGGGGUUGGAUUGGAAUAUUUUUUCUCAGUUCCAGUCUUGUGGCCAAUUGGUUAUGGGAAUAAUUACACCACAAAGAUGACAUUUCCCUUUUUGAUCUAUGUGAUAUGAUACCUUCAGGAAAUGAGAUCUUUGAAGACUGAUGCAUUUACAUAAUGACUUUUGCCAAUUUUACUGAACAAUACAUUGAUUGGAUAUUACUUUAGAUUGUUGAUCUGAGAUAAAGAUAUUAUGUAUACAGAGUGGACUGGAAUAACCUAAGAUAUUCUAGCACUCUAUUUCUGACUACCUAUCUUAAACCAAUGCCAUUACAAAUAUCUAUCAAACUUCAAACCUUGUUCAGUUAAAAUUCAAUUACGUAAUCUGUUACUUAUACCAUUUUGUUUGAUAAAAACAGACAAAACAAUUUUACUAAAGGUGUAGUCUCAUAGUUGUGUUGUACAAAAAACAGAGAUGGGGCAUUUUUUUUAAGUUGUACACUACACUUUUUUAUAUUUAGGAAUUUUUAUGUUAUGUCUACUACCAGGAUCUACAGAGCUCGUGAUUAUGAGUAGAAAUAUCACAAACAUUCUAAAAUCUGAAAGAAAAUGGCCCAAACAACACAAAUGUCAUUGAACGUCUGUUUUUGUUAUUAUCAUCAUUGUAUUGUAAUAUACUGAUUGUCAUUGUGACGUCAUUAUACUUGUCAUUAUUAUCUUGAUAAUGAUUUAUUUCGCUGGAUUUAUUUUAUUGUUGAAUGUUGACCACCUCUUAGGAGUCAAUUUUGAUACUGAUAAUGAUAACUGUCAUUUUUUAUACAUUUUAUGAUGAGAUUGACGUUUUUAACUUUAAACACUAAGUCAAUUUUUGACUACAUUAAUCUCAGGAAUUAUUAUCUGUGGGUGUUCCUGUUCACAAUGUAUAAUAUAAAUAAAAUUUAUGUAUAAAAUUGAUAUUUUUAAGCUUAAUAUUUCCUUUAAUAUAGGAUUACUUAUUUGCUAUCAGGGUUUUUCCUACCUUUGUUAAAAAAAUCCAUUGUAAAAUUGAAGUACUUAAACAUUAAGCAACAAAAAACUUUGCCUAUUAUGUGCCUAAAUUUAUAUUUAAAAUUAGUAUCAUUGUUAAGGCAUUAUCAUUGGUGAUAAGAAUUAGAUAAUACCUGAAUUUUAACUCGUAUCAUAGAAUUACAUUAUUCUAGGAGGGGAAAGAUGGUUUUAUGGGUUCAAAAAGAGUUUAGCAAUACCUAUUCUAAAGCUCUAGCUAGUUACAAUCCCUUGUCAUUGUAAAGUCAAGGUAUUAAAAUAUCGACAAAAAUAUGUAUGCAUUACCUUAAUUUAUGGGCAAUAAUAAUGGGUGGUGUAUAUAUAUUUUUGGCACUUUUACCUUGACUGAAUAGUCGCCAUCACGAGUAUCUGUACUAAACAGAGUGCUCAAAAAUAUCUGAAUAUGAUACACCUUUUUUACAGUCUACUUCAGAUAUUUCAGAGAACGUUGUUUGCUCAAAUUUUAUUUUCAUUAUCAAAGUGGUGCCUUGAUAAUAUAAUUUUGUACUUAUCUCUGGAAGUUUUCAAUUUUUAGGGCCACCCCACACUAGCGUCUCUCGAGUGUCGACGUCUGUUCAAAUCUCUGGCUGCUGCUCGACGCAACGUUGGCGCAACUGCGCAGCGACGCCAUUUUCAAUAGCGCUGAUUAGACGCCGACGCUCAAAAGACGCUAGUGUGGGGGUGGGGUAGCCCUUAAACCUAUAAAGGCAAGGAAAUUAAUCUCUUGUUGCGUGUCUAGUCGAGCCAGCAAAACUUAAUGCAUCAAAACAAGGAGAAAUAGUAUGAUCUCCCCAGGACUAUGUAUUACACAAAAAUUAUACACAUUUUUCAUGGGUU